AUGACAGGCGUCGAUGAACAAGAUGUGUCAGGUCCUCACGCGCCUCUACUGGCAUCAUCACCAGUCUCUUCUGACCAUGACCACGAGCGAGAAACCCUGGCUCCCGAGCUGGAGUACUCAGGAGGGUGGUUCAUAUGGGCGUUGACCUUCUCAGCUGGAAUAAGUGGUCUUCUUUUUGGAUAUGACACCGGUGUCAUUUCAUCUACUUUGGUCACUGUCGAAUCAGAUCUGUCCAAUCGAACCCUGACAACACUCGAUAAAAGUCUGAUCACCUCCUGUACCAGUCUGUUCGCGUUGAUCGCGAGUCCAUUCACAGGUGUAUUGGCGGACAAUUUCGGGAGACGUAAAGUAAUACUCGGCGCAGAUGCCUUGUUUGCACUUGGAGCGGUGGUGCAGGCAUUCACGGGUCAAGUAUGGGGCAUGAUACUUGGACGCAGCAUUGUUGGUCUCGCCGUUGGAAGCGCGAGUGCGGUGACUCCGUUGUACAUAUCUGAGCUAGCUCCAUCUUACGCAAGAGGAAGACUUGUGACUAUACUCAGUCUGUUCGUAACUGGUGGCCAGGUUGUGGCAUACAUUAUCGGGUGGCUGUUUUCCACCAUGCCUGGAGGCUGGCGAUGGAUUGUGGGGAUCGGAGCGUUUCCAGCCUUCUUUCAGCUUGCUAUACUAGUGUUUCUACCUGAGACACCAAGAUGGCUGGCACAAGCUGGAUAUGAUGAACGGGCAAAGGCUGUCUUGACCAAAAUCUAUCAGGAUUGCCCAGGAUGCGACCAAGUGGUGAACCGCUUGAUUCGUGACAUCGGCGAAGAGAUUCAGCAAGAGGAUUCGGAGUUAGAUCGGCCAAAAAGUCGUGAUUCAAAUCCGCAGUGGCUACGUGAUACGCUGCAGCGUGGCCGACAGCUGUUACAUGGGGGUAACAGGAGAGCAUUGAUCAUAGCGAUGAUGUUACAAGCAGUGCAGCAGCUCUGUGGGUUCAACAGCCUGAUGUACUUCUCUGCAACCAUCUUCGAGUCUUUGUCUUUCUCCUCUCCAACGUUGACCUCGCUCUCAGUGGCAAUUACCAACUUCCUCUUCACCCUUCUUGCAUUUGUACUGAUUGACAGGAUUGGACGCCGGCGGAUCCUCCUCUACUCGAUCCCAGUGAUGGUCAUCGCCUUGGUGCUCUGCGCGUUCUCGUUCUCGUCAGUGAAUGGGGCAUGGCAUUCGCAAGCUCCAACCAGCGACCACCCCCAGGAUAGUUCUGGUUCACUUGUGCCAUUUGUCAUCCUCUUCUGUCUUACUAUAUACACAGCGGCCUAUGCUCUCGGACUGGGCAAUGUGCCUUGGCAACAAUCCGAACUCUUCCCUCUGAACGUGCGAUCCCUAGGAUCUGCGCUGGCUACAGCUACCAAUUGGGGAUCGAAUUUUGUUAUUGGUCUUACAUUCUUGCCUCUAAUGGAGUGGAUCUCUCCAUCCUGGACGUUCACCCUCUACGCCGCUGUCUGUGUGAUUGGGUGGUUUGCUGUAUGGAGAAUAUACCCUGAGAUGAGUGGACUUGGUCUUGAAGAGGUCAAGGGUCUUUUAGCUGAUGGGUGGGGAGUGAAAGCAAGCUUGCGGCGUUCUCGGAAUACAUAG